AUCAUUUUUGGUGCCCUCCUUGUCCACCUCCUUGAUGUGGUCCAUGCAGGGAACUCCAGUCAAUAUGAUCAUGAGGAAGUUAUACAAGAAGGCCGCGAACAGCCUUUCGCCUUCGGAGAGAAGGACAACAAGUUAGAAGAAGGAGGGUGGUCACCAAGCCAUGUUGGCACGCCUUCUAGGACGAGUAGAAGGUGGACAGGAGUGCCAUUUUUAAGGCGCAGGAGUAUCAUUUUUGGGCCACAUGCUCGUCUUGAGUAGAACUACUCAAGUUUUUCCGCUUUCUGUCGAGUAGUUUCCGAGACGAGUCAUGAAGUUUGCGAUUCAUUUUCACAGCUUCUGCUUUUUGUUCUUGAUCAAUGUUGGGAAAAUUAUUAGCUAUCUUCCAACGAACUUCUACACGAAAUAGUGGAGCAUAAUCUUCUUUAGCUCUUCUCUAAGUCUUGUCUCUAAGUCUUGUAGGACCGCCCACUACCUCAACGACCACUACCUCGUCAGCCACGCUGCGUGUCGUUCGAAAUGCGCUUUGUAUAGUGGGACCCGACCGGGACUAUGGCGGCGUGCUUGUGCCGCACUUGUGGCGAAACUUAAGGCUCUCACGAUCAUGAAUUAUGGGGAGUUCAUCUUAUUCUACUUAGACAAAGACUGCAUGCUUGUUGAGAAGUAGCUAGUAGGGCUAGGGGAGCAGAGCUGCUUCAACACACACUAAAUAGAUACAUAGAGGAGCAGAAACGCUCCCCCAUAGUUCUCAAGCUCAAUAGUGCUCAAGCUGAAGGAUGCAUCCGCUGAAGGAUGCAUCCGCUGAAGGAUGUGAGCUGUCUAAGAGGCCUUGUGUACCCAAACAUCGGGCGAAGGGGGCAGACGGAGUAUCACAUGGAUAUUUUCAUCCAGACGGAACGCAGCAUGUCCUACUCGUCUAACGAAGUACCGGAGAUUACCGGUUCACACACGAAGAUGAAGAAUACAUUAUUGCAUGGUAACAACAAGUUUGAAUAUAUCAUUACUUCCUAGGUAGGAGUAGGUUGGCUCGUCCGCCACAUAUAUUUAUUAUUACUCAAGUACUAGUCGUACUAACUAGUAGAAGUAUUUAGGGUUAACCAAUUACAUCCCCCACAACCACUCCUCACUGUUUUUCCAGUAGGAAAGACGUGAGGGAUGUUUUGAGAAGAAUGUAAUGCUACAACCUUUAAAAGUCGAUGAAGAUGAUCACGAACGAGAUUCAAAUCCUUACAACCGAGAUGAACUGCAAGAUGAAGAAGAUUCAGAUGAUGCUCGAAUUACGGCGACCGCUCUGGCAUCCUCAGCGUCGUCCUUCCUUGGCUCUUUUUCUACUUGAAAAACGGACCAAGGACGGACCCAGGGACGCUAACGCGGCAGCCCAUCUAAUCGAAGCCUUCGUCUCAAGAGCCCUGCAGCAUCUCAAGAGGACUAUGUGAUUGAGGCACGUCAAAG